AAACACGUCGGCAUUCUCGCCGUGGAAGUCUACUUUCCGCGCGCCUACGUCGCCCAAGCCGCACUAGAGGAACACGUCGGAGUCCCCCAGGGCAAGUACACCAUCGGCUUGGGACAACAAGGCCUGGCCGUUACCGGAGAUGCCGAAGACGUCAAUUCCUUGUGCUUGACGGUCGUACACUCUUUGUUGGAAAAAUACAAUAUCGACCCCGCCUUGGUGGGACGACUCGAAGUGGGAACGGAAACGCUCGUCGACAAGUCCAAGUCCACCAAAACACUCCUCAUGGAUCUAUUUCCCAACAAUACCGAUAUUGAAGGCGCCACCAUUAUCAACGCAUGCUACGGAGGCACCGCCGCCCUGCUCAACGCCUUUUUGUGGGUCGAAUCGGACGGAUGGGACGGCCGCUACGCCAUCGUCGUCGCCGCCGAUAUUGCUGCCUACGCACGCGGCCCCGCCCGACCCACUAGUGGGGCUGGCGCCGUUGCCAUACUCGUGGGACGUGAUGCGCCCUUAUCCUUUGACCCACGGACCCGAGCCACGCACGCCGCCAACGUUUGGGACUUUUACAAACCCGACCAUACCGUGGAAUACCCAACCGUGGAUGGCGCACUCUCGCAGGUUUGCUACUAUCAAGCUUUAGAAGACGUCUACACUCGCUUUACCGAAAAAGUCACCCUCCGAGACGGCGCCACGCACGGUGGAAGACAAUUCACGGCCGAAUCACCCGAUUACCUCGUAUUUCACGCACCCUACAACAAACUCGUGCAAAAAUCCUACGCCCGCCUCUUUCUCAUGGACGCACGCGCGCAAUACGCACGCCACUCGGCGGAAGAAAAGAAGGACGAAUCGACCAGUGCCGAUCAGGACGAGCCCGAUCCGCUCGCGCCGUGGUUGGACGUGCCGAUCGCUGAUACCUACAACGAUCGAGCAUUGGACGCAGUCUUGAAGAAGCGGGCCGCAACCAGUUUGCAAGCGCGUCUCGCCGACGCCAACGUGGCCAGUCAACUCGUUGGUAAUACAUACACCGCCAGCGUGUUUUUGGGUUUGGCCUCACUCCUCGACCAGGCGGGAACACGGGACGAACUGACGCCUGGUAAAAACAUCGUUCUCUUUUCCUACGGAUCCGGAGCCCUCGCAACCAUGUACCGAUUGACCUCCCAGUUCACGGUAAAAUCCAUGGCCACCACCAUGAACCUGUCCGAGCGCCUGGCGUCACGUGAGAUGGUACACCCGGGUGAGUUGGACUACGCACUCGAAACUCGCGCCCGCAUGCAUCGAGCUGGUGCCCCGUACAGUCCCGUCUAUCCCACCGUGGGACGUCUUUUCCCCGGAACCUACUAUUUAAACGGCAUUGACGCGCUAUUCCGUCGCACCUAUUCCCGC